AAAAAAGAGAAGACGGGGGGAGUGGGCUGCAGCUUUUCCAACCAGAAAUAGACUCGUGCUGCUGUUAUUUCUCACAAUAUGUUAUCGCCACAGCCACUGUUCCUCACACGUUGCGGCUGCCGUCACCUGGCAUCCCUCCAGCAUCUGUGUCAUCUGCUCAGUCCUCACUUGAAGAGAAUCCAAAACACGGGUUUCUUUCGGAGCCCGCGGCGCCGACUGACGUGGAUUAUUUCACCGUUGAUCCUCUUUGCACGUGUAGUGAAGAGAAUGUGGUCUCGCUCGGCAGCGUCACGAGCCCCGUGGUUCCACCGUCACUCGCGCUCUCGCGUCAUCGCUGCAGAGCACGCAUGUCUUGUUCUUUUCUUUCCACAAGGACACACCUUGAGACAUCGGGCUUCUGCCGACGUCAUCCCAUCGGGCUCAGGUGCUCGUCCGCCGAGGCCCUCGGACGCACUCCUGUUCCAGCGUUACAAAUCAAAGUGUCUGCCCUGCUGUCCUCGGCACAUCCGGGAGGAAAUUGAUUCAGGAGGGAAGUAAUGACACUCUCUCUCACACACACACACACACACACACACACACACACACACACACACGCACACACAAACUGCAUCAACAUGCUAAUACAUAUAGCAACCUGAACCCAACCCACUCAGAGACGAAUGUGAAUUUCCCCGCCGUUCCUCCUCUCACUCUGAAGUUCAGUCUGAAGUCUGAUUGUGUCCGUCCUCGUGACCCCCCCCCCCCCCCCCCACCACCACACAUCCAAGUGUAAUAACGGAUCCAAUCUGAGUCUGUCUGACUGUCCGUAUCACCUGUGGGAGCAGCUGUGCAGUGGAAACAAAAUACGUACGGAUCAAUUUACCUAAAUCAAAAUUUGAUCGAUUUUUGCAUCAUCUGCAGAAAACAAAUAUGCUCAAUGCACUGGAGGUUUUGCUCCAACGACCGGUUUCCCCUCAUGCACGAUGUGAAAUGGUUUGAAGAUCCUUGGCCUGAUUGCCGGGAGAGCGCGGUGGGAGGUGGAUGUAAAUCCCUUGAGCGGCUGAGAAGAAAUUAACAUUUUCUCUCCUUUUUCUUUUUGCCAGAAUUGUCUUAUUACCCUCAAAAGUGAGGGUCAGCAAAGCCCUCCCGGACGUAGAGGUCAGUGAAAGGACUCGGCCGUUAGUCUUACAGCACGUGCAGCUUCAGCUCAGCUCCUCAGCUCUGCAUUAAGAAAAGUCCUGAAAUACAGCCUGAAAUAAUUGAAGUCUUUUCCUGUCACUGCCGACACAAGAACGGCUUCAGAAAUACGCCACAACAUGAGUUUUACUCGCUAGCGGCGUGACAAUGAGGAUGUCAGUCUGCCGGUUGGCCCAUCACUUUGCUUCCUGACUGAAAGAACUCGACACCCGUUGCAUCGAUAGCCGUGACAUUUUGUGGAGACGAUCGUGGUCCCCAGAGGACGACUCCUGAAGACUCGUGCCUCUUGUGGAUCUGUUGGAUGCAUUUUUCUAGAAGGUUCCGCUCAGAGCACCACUGUGUUUUCAGUAAUUUGAUUCCAAGAUGUCUUUUUUUUUAAUAUAUAAUAUAAUGAUAUUACUUGCAAUUUUUAUGCGUGGCAACUCGGCACAAAAGUGUUGAUUACUCGUCUACUCAAAUAAACCAGCCAGAUGGUAAAUAAUGCAAAAGCCACGUGUAAAAAAAUAAAUAAAUAAAUACCCCGACUCGACUCGGAUUUAGAUUUUCCUUGUCUUCUCCUCAUCAGCCGCCCUUGUUCCACGUUACCUGCAUUCCGCUCCAGAUCUGUACGUGAUAAUUAGCUUCGCCGUGAUCCGUGUAAUGAGAGAUUAUUUUUGGAGAUGUUCGGCAAUUAGACGCGGUGGGAAGAGGGGGGUGUUUCUACCACAGUGAGAAGAUCAAAUCUUCCCACACAGUUGAAAGCGGAGGGAUAGUAACAGAUGGUAAUGUGCAGCAACCCGGAACGCCUGCUUAGUAACAGAGUUUUUAUAUCACCGGUACAGAGCAGACGAGAGACGACGCUCGUGUGCCGCCGGCUCCAAGAAGUUCCCCAUUAGAUUCGCUCCCUGGCAUGUUUGUGUACAGUACACACGGCGGUACACACACGGAAGCGACGCGCACACGCCGUUUAGUGCUUAUUCCCCGCCAGCUCUGCGUUUCAAAGACCUUUUACCCGUCGUGUUCAUCCUCUCUCGUCUUUGUGCACAGCAGCAUUCUCUCUCUCUUAACUUCACUGAGAGCAGCAGACAUUUGAUCAAGACGCCACCGUUUGAAUGAAGUAAGUUGUGAUUCAAACCAGUGAUUUAAAAAAAACAAAGAAAACAACAACUCCCAAUGUUUCUGAUUCUGUCCACACAGGUGGAGACCCACACAAAAAGGGAAAUGUGUGGACUGGACUCUGGAAUGGAGCAGAGCAUCCUUCCUCUAAUGAUGUGCCCUGAGCCGUCUGUCCUCCUUCGUGUGCCAGCCAGGCCCUGGGCCUCCCUCACAUCCAUCAUCACAGUCACAGGGCCUACCUCCUGGGAAUCAUCGUCUCCAUAUGUGGGAAUGUCCUCAUCAGCAUUUCGCUCAACAUACAGAAAUAUGCCCACGUGCGUCAGGUGCAGCGCGGCUCCGAGCCCUACUACACGUCCCCGGUGUGGUGGUGCGGGGUGGUUCUCAUGGGCGUCGGCGAAUUGGGGAACUUUGCUGCCUACGGCUUUGCCCCGGCGUCGCUCAUCGCCCCACUGGGCUGCGUGUCUGUCAUAGCCUGCUAUUCUCUGUCUGUUCACGGGGCGGAGUGUGUGACUCGGGCAGCGUUCCCAUUACCAUCGCACAUCUGAGAAGGAGCAGCCAGUGCUAUCAUAUCGGUGGUUUUCCUCAAGGAGACGGUUCGGGCCUCCGACAUCGUUGGCGGCACCCUGGCAAUAACAGGAACGUACGUCCUGGUGUCCUUUGCCCCCCACAACUCCACACACAUCACAGCCCAUCUGGUCCAGUACUACGCCGUCAGCUGGCACUUCCUGCUUUACCUUCCUCGCUGACCGUCAUCUCGGUCAAAGCCGUGUCGGGGAUGAUCGCCGAGUCGAUAAAAGGCCAACUGCAGCUCAUCUACCCCAUCUUCUACGUGAUGCUCGUCGUCAUGGUUGCCUCCUGCGCCUUCCAGAUCAAAUUUCUCAAUCAGGCGAUGAAAAUGUUCGACGCCACCGAGGUGGUUCCCAUCAACUUUGUGUUUUUCACCGCAAGUGCCAUUGUUGCAGGUAUAGUUUUUUACCAGGAAUUUGAAGGCUUGGCUCUACUCAACAUUUUCAUGUUUCUGUUUGGUUGCCUUCUGUCUUUCCUCGGAGUUUUCCUGAUCGCCCGAAACAGGCCAAAGAUAAAGGAACAAGAUCGCAAUUUCAUCGCGAUGGACGUGAUCCCUGGGAGAAGACACACAGACAAAGUGCAGCCCGAGGCCACGGCCACAACAUACGGAUCGCUGGCGGCCAAACUCAUGUGCCACAGAGCCGGCCAAACGGACGAUUCAUAGGACCAGCAGCUCCCAUCAGCUGGGACUGUAAUUUAGGUAGAAUUGUGUAUGUGUGUGUGUGUGUGUGUGUGUGUGUGUUUGUGCCUCUUCCUGGGCACUUAAAAUAAUGCAUGUAUUUAUAGAAACAAAUGGUGGGCUGCAAUUUGAACCAGUGGCAGCUGAGCUCCAAUAUCUGUGGCCAUAUUGGUAUUAAAAAAAUUUAUGCCAAAAUUGGCAAGUACCUCGCACAAAGGAGCUUAAUUUAUCCUCCUGUCCUCCGGUUCUCUUGUUGUUAACAGUAUUUCCAGCUGGGUUUUCUGUGACACGUGAGAAUAAAAGACUCUUAAUUAAAAAAAAACACUUCAGGAUCAAAGAGAAACAUCAGAUGCUGCAGCUUUAAUUUGAAACACAGGUCUGAGAGGCCACUGUGGCAAAUGCUAAAACAAUAUGAAUAAUGAGUGAACUGGCAAUUGUGUGAUCAGUCGUCAAUAAACAGCAAAACAGCUCAA